CAUUGUGGGAUUCCCGCGAUGGCCGCAUGCCCUUCUGGGAAUUAUAGUCCGUAGACCGCCCGCCCCCGCCCCCGCCCGUGUCCAGCGCCGUCACGGGACGGAGCAGUCCGUGACAGCUCCGAGGGCCCCUGCCCUCCCCCCACACUGCUGAACCCUUCCCUGGGCCCGGGCCCAUGGCCGAGGCGGACCCCCCCGGUCCCCCCCUGGACGAGGCAGGGAAGGCGCCAGACGCUCAGGACUCAGAUUCUGAAACUGAGAGCGGAGCUUCCUCUGGAGAGAUAGAGAUGGACUUCCUUCGCAAUCUCUUCUCGCGGACCCUGGGCCUGGGCGGCGGCAAGCGGGAGAAGGUGUUGGAGGAACUUUCCUUGGAAGGGGUGACCAAGUUCAUCCAGAGUGACCGCUGUCAGAACAUCAUCUGCAUGGUAGGGGCCGGGAUCUCUACAUCGGCCGGCAUCCCUGACUUCCGCUCCCCGUCCACCGGCCUUUACGCCAACUUGGAGAAGUACAACCUUCCAUACCCCGAAGCCAUCUUUGAGAUCAGCUACUUUAAGAAACACCCUGAGCCUUUCUUUGCUCUGGCCCGGGAGCUGUACCCAGGGCAAUUCAAGCCCACCGUCUGCCAUUACUUCAUCCGCAUGCUCAAGGAGAAGGGGCUGCUGCUUCGCUGCUACACCCAGAACAUCGACACGCUGGAGCGCGUGGCCGGGCUGGAGCCGGAGGAUCUGGUCGAGGCCCACGGGACUUUCUAUACCUCUCACUGCAUCAGCUCCCACUGCCAGAAGGAGUAUGACCUGGGCUGGAUGAAAGAGAAGAUCUUCUCAGAGACCACUCCCAAGUGUGACAAAUGCCAGAGUCUGGUGAAACCAGACAUUGUCUUCUUCGGAGAGACGCUCCCAGCGCGCUUCUUCUCCUCCAUGCAGUCGGACUUCCAGAAGGUGGAUCUGCUCAUCAUCAUGGGCACCUCGCUACAAGUGCAGCCCUUUGCCUCCCUCGUUAGCAAGGCCCCACUUGUCACCCCUCGCCUCCUCAUCAAUAAGGAGAAGACCGGACAGCGGGACCCCUUCCUGGGGCUCAUGGGUAUGGGGGGAGGCAUGGACUUCGACUCGGACAAGGCCUAUAGGGACGUGGCCUGGCUUGGGGACUGUGACGAAGGCUGUCUAGCCUUGGCCGACCUCCUGGGAUGGAAGAAAGAGCUGGAGGAGCUGGUGAAGAAGGAGCACGCGGCCAUCGAGGCGCAGGCCGGGACCAGCCUGCACCCUCUCGCCGCCCAGGCCAAGGCCGCCCAGGCUGGCAAGGAGCCCGCUCAGGCUGGCAAGGAACCCGCCAAGGCCGAGGAAGCCCAGAAGCCCCAGUGACCUGGGGGACCGGAGGCCAGGGCCCCCUCCCCUGGGGCUGCUCCCGAGGGGACAAACACUGCCCUCAGCUCUAACCCUCCCGGGGCCCUCCCGCUCCCCGGCGCCUAACCUCCCCCGCCCGCCGAGCUCUAACUCUAACUGCCCUUGGGGUCCAGCUUCUCAGCAGAGAGUUUGGGACCUGAACAUCCCGGCCUCUAACCCUUCCCGAGCCCUGCAUCUGGGGGCGUCGGGACUGGGAGCCCGCCAUCUCCCCUCCCCCGGGACGCCGGGCUCUCUGCCCUCAGCGUCCCCCUAACAGCUAGCCCGACCCCGGGAGAUGAGGGCCUGCGCCCCCCGAGCCCCCCCCACCCCGCCCUCCCUUGGACACUGAAAGCGCUGGAAAGCCGGGGGGGGACGUGGGGAACGUGUCUGUGACUGCAACGAAAUAAAGCCGAGAAUGGGA